UCUUACAUUUAAAAAAAAAAUUAAAUCAAAAAUAAAGAUGAUUGUUGCCUUUUUUGUGCUCUCUGGUGUUUUUGGACAGAUUUCUUCUCUUGGGUUGAUAAAGCAUCCUCCUCUGCAGUGUUCUCAAACGGGUUUAUCCUGUAUUGUCCAAAAAGGCAGGCAAAACUGUUCAGAUUGGGUGAAGCCAAGAUCAGAGGCUCCAAGUCCACAUCCCAAUGUGUACCUCCAUGUGGAAUCCAAGGAAGAUGAAAGGAAAGAAAUGGUUCCUGUGUUGUCUCUCACAUUAACACCAUUUUCUGAUGCAAGUAUAUACGCCCUGAAGGGGAUAAAAGUGCUUGUGCAUGAAUUCAACACAAACAACAGCCUGUGUGUUUGUUACAUAUUCAAAAGCAACUUUUCCAGGAUCCUACAAUCAUGGUCUUUUGUGCUUGAUCAAAUAGUUGUGGAUCCAGGAAUGACGUAUCAGGUUUCUGUGUCUAAUUUACCAAAGCCAGAUGUGGAGGGACAUGCAAAAUUGCUAAAUAAAACAGUUCCAGGAAAAUGUGGUGUUAUGACAGGCAGCCUCUGGGACCCCAACAUGACAUGGUCAGUGAGAGAUGAUGGAGGAAAUGGGGUCGCAAUUGAACUGAUGUUUAAUACAGCACAGUUCUCAGACAUGUACAAAGUAUAUGUUCACUACGAUGAUUUCCACACCGAGCUGUCACACACAGUCUCAAAGGACAACCGUACUUCAAUCAGCGUCAAUUUCAUUUUGAACCCUCAGCAGUUACAAUGCUGUGAGCUCUCAUUUGGGAUCAAACCAUAUUUUAAACAUGCAUGGAACAAUGUUCACAUCACCAACAAAAGGUUAAUAUUUGCUCCUAUUAUACCAUUCCAUCAACCAGGAGAUGGCACAUGGUUUGGACACUUUUUGGCCAAGCAGCACUGUUAUUCUGCGUUCACAGCUGUUUUGCUGCGUAAAAGAAUUGAGACAAUACAUACAGAUAGAUCCUACUUUUUUCAAAACACGGUGAACAAGGGCAACCCAGAAACCAUUCCAGUGCAAAAGCACAGUAAAAUCCUGAUAAUCUACUCUCAGGACCACCCCAUGUACACUAAGAUUGUCCUGAAGCUGUGUGCUUUCCUCAGAGCCAAAUGUGGAACUGAAGUUGCACUCGACCUGCUGGACUUUACAUGCCUCAGUACUGUAGGCAGCAUCCAGUGGCUGGACAUGCAAAAAAAGAGACUUUCCAGUACUUCUGAUAAAAUACUCAUCCUGUGUUCUCCAGGCGUGUGUGCCAAAUGGAAUGCUAUGUGCGGAGGGUGCAGGGUGGUGACCCGGGAGGACGCUUGCUCACCCAUGGGGGAUAUGCUGACCCCAGCUCUUAGCCUUAUCAUACCGGAAUUCGUGUGUGCUCCAUCUUUCGGGAAGUACAUUGUAGCUUACUUCAAUGAUGUGUGCAGUGAGAAGGAUGUACCCUCUGUGUUUAAUGUGGCUGUAAAGUAUCAGCUGAUGAAGCAAUUCGAAGAGCUCUUUUUCAGACUCCUAAACAAGGAGAAGUAUGAACCAGGACAAAUUAAACACGUCGACAGCCUUGGGGGAGAUGACUACCACGGUUGUCCAUAUGGCAGAGCCUUAAGAGAUGCCAUUGUAACAUUUCAGACAUACCAGCUAACAAAUCCUAACUGGUUUAAAAUGGAGCUCAUAGACAUGCAUGAGGAAGUCAAAGAGCAUGACCUUGAGCAGGAAGACAAUACAGAAAUCAGCCGAUAUUGCAACCUUCAGAAUGAACUGCAGAUCGAGGAAAUCUCAGCUCCUGUAUGCACUAACAUUGUCAUAGGUCAAAAGGCAAAGCAGCUUUUAAGAUCUGAAACAGCACUCAUAGUCUAAACAACCACUCAUAAAAUAAAAGGUUAUAGAUUGAUGUAUGAAUAAAUGUGCAUAGAGUGGAACUUCUGGAAAAUUAUGUAACAAUUAAUAUAAACAGUUAUGGACAGUCAAUUCUUAGAUGCAUAAAUCUACCGCUUUUAUAAGAACAACUGUGCACAUUCAUGCAGAUUUCAUUCAGCUGUCUAGUUUUUAAAUCUAUGCCCAUUAUAGCCUCGCAUUUAACUACUGUCUGACAGGAGUGCCAUUGUAUCCCAGCCACCUCAUUAUUUCAUGUGUUAUGCAUGCUGAGAUGCUUUUUUUGUGAGAAGAUUUUCAGUCUGAUAAACCAUUAAAACUGAGAAGUAACUGGCUCUUAUCUACAUAAUCAGGGAUGGGCAGUAUUUAUGGUACAUGUAUUUCAAAUAAAAAAUAGGUUUUUGUAAUUUGUAUUUGAUAGGGAUGAAAAUGGCUUCAUAUGUUAUUAUGUUGUUUCAUACUACAUGAUCACAUCAUC